UUUCGAUGGAGAGGUUUGCCGCCGACGCGGCAGCGGGGGCUGAAAUUGGUCAGCCCGCGUCUGGCUCACGCGAGGUCGGGGGUGACAGAUUCCUUCCCUCGGCGGGCGCGCCCCAUGUGGCUGUGGGAAAUGAGUUGCCUCCGGGACAUGGAUCUCAUGUCCAAAUGGAGGGCGACCAAUCCCUCGCCCACGCGCGCUGCUGUACCGACAUUUCCACUGACAUGGUUGGUGCAGUGCCCGAGACCGGCUCACUGGAGGGCGACGGCAGCCGCGGCCCGCUCGAGCUCCCCGUGGGACACGUUGCUUCGUCGUCAUCCGCUACCGGACCGGAUUACCUGCAUCUCAAAUCUGCCGAAGGCUUCAUCCAGCCGGACACAGGCACGUACGAGGUCGGAAAUCCGGGUCCUUCCACCUCUCGCACCGCAGAGGAGGAGAUCCCAACGUCCGAAUUCUCCAUAGACCUUUUAUUCAAAAAAAAUUCUCCAUAAACUUCCUGGAGGAGGUAGCCUUUCUGCGCGAGCUCCGAGAGAACCGCUUUUAUUUCGGCGACCUCAAGCUCCUCCACCGCUUGGUGCAUCCGCAAAAACCCCCAACAUCCCAACAGCGCUACAUCACCAAAUUCGAGCCAAAGCUGGACGACGGCGAUAAGAAGGCAGGCUACUGGAAGGAAAAAGAAGCCAAAGCCAUCCGUGAUGCGUCGGCCUCGAGAAAUAUUGUAGGCCUGAAGAGGACGCUGGAAUACAUGAAGGGCAAUAAGAGGACGCACUGGCUCGCCGACGAAUACGUUGCGCUCGAGCCGGCGGGUGAUGUCUGGCUCCUGGGGGAUAUUGCGGUUCGAAGAGUGUACGAAGAGGACAAAGAGACGGCACCACCGUCGAAGUGCUCCAAAACUUGUGCUCACAGCAGCGGGGAGUCGUAUAUUUGGCAGCACAUGACAAGAGUGUUCUUCAAAGGUGAGGCCGGGUCAGCAGCGGCUCCUUCCUUGCUAUAUGGGAUUUGCCACGAGUGCGACAAGGCUCUGAAGUGUCCUCCCAAUUUUGGCAAUGGGAACCUGAACAAGCAUCUUGCACGCGUCCACGACAUUCAUCCACCCUGCAAAUCCCAACGUGUGAUGACUGAAGGAAAAGGAGCAGGUACGAGAGCUGUCAGAGUUUGAGUCCAAGCUGUGGAGGGCCUUUAGGCCGGAGUGUGUGUGGGUGUGCUCAUGAACUAGUAGCUCGUACUACUCAGGUUUAGUUCGGGACCCCGAUAAGCCAUGUAAUUGGAGUGAUCCCCUCCCAAAUUUUGUAAAUGUUUAUUGUUGAUUUCGCUCUUCCUCUUUACUCGGGACAAAGCUGCCUUCGGUA